AUUCGAUCGAGCUUCCGCUGUUUUCUUCAUUUCAUAUUUUACAAAAUAGCAUUCCGUUAUCUAUUUACUCUAAAAAAUGGCUUCCAUCUCUUUUCUCAAUCAAAUUCCUUGCAAAACUCUCCAAAUUACAUCCCAAUAUUCAAAACCCACCUCCAAAAUCUCAACUUUACCCAUCACCUCAACAAAUUUCCCGUUUAAAACAGAACAACACAGAUUAAUUUCAGUCAAAGAAUUCACAAAUCCAAAACCAAAAUUCACGGCGCAAGCCUCAAAUUACGACAAGGAAGAUGAGUGGGGUCCAGAAGUGGAGCAAAUAAGGUCGGGUGGAGUCGCGGUUGUGGAGGAAGAACCACCAAAACGUCCGAGUGAAAUUGAGUUGCUGAAGAAGCAAUUGGCGGAUUCUUUUUAUGGAACCAAUAGGGGUUUGACUGCUAGCAGUGAAAAUAGGGCAGAGAUCGUUGAACUCAUCACUCAGCUUGAGUCGAAGAACCCUAAUCCGGCACCUACUGAAGCCUUGUCUCUUCUCAACGGCAAAUGGAUUCUUGCGUACACAUCUUUUUCUGGUUUGUUCCCCUUGUUGUCAAGGGGCAAUCUGCCUCUGGUUCGAGUUGAGGAGAUUUCCCAGAUCAUCGAUUCUGAGACUUUCAGUGUCCAAAACUCUGUUGUCUUUGCUGGACCCUUAGCUACAACUUCCAUUAGUACCAAUGCAAAAUUCGAAGUCAGAAGUCCUAAACGUGUCCAGAUUAAAUUUGAAGAAGGCAUAAUUGGAACACCUCAGUUGACAGAUUCUAUUGUGUUACCCGAGAAUGUUGAAUUCUUGGGACAAAAGAUUGAUCUAAGCCCCUUCAAAGGCUUGAUUACUUCAGUCCAGGACACAGCUUCCUCAGUGGCAAAGUCCAUUUCAAGUCAACCACCAAUUAAGUUUCCUAUUUCCAACAGCAAAGCACAAUCAUGGCUGCUGACAACAUACUUGGAUGGUGAACUUAGGAUUUCCAGAGGAGAUGCUGGCAGUAUUUUUGUGUUGAUCAAGGAAGGCAGUCCCCUCUUGAAGCCUUAAAGAGACAUGUUUUUGGAGUUGUGUAUGAUUAUAAUAUACGAGAGCAAAUAAUAGAAAGGUAAAAAAAGAUAUGUAAACUAAAAAUAAUUUCUCCUUAAAUCAAACUCUAUAAAUGGCUUGACCUCAUGAUUUGUACCUAUGGUGUAUUCAAUAUUGGAAAAAUUAUAGCCUGAAAGAAGUUAACAUAAGAAUCACUUUACAUCA